CAAGGGUGCCACAUUCGGCAAUACGUGCUUAGAAUCGUCGCGAUGUGGAGCUACCGGAGCUCGAUUUGUAUCCUGGCGCUGCUGAUCGCCGGGGAAGUGUCGGCUCGCUUGCCAAGGAUCCUGCCACAAGCCCUGGUCGAGGGCGAGGAGGGUGUUGUUGUGCGCGGAGACUGUGAAUUCAAAGUGAACGGUGAUCUCAAUGACCCGGUGCCGCUUUUUUCGCGACACGAUGCCUAUGAAAUCAUAGUGCCCGAUCCAACGGAUACCGUGCGUUUGGUGAAUGGCGAACUACUGGAUAUGUUCUGUCCGGUAGUGGGAUUCGCAGCUCCCUUUGCUAACCGCUCACAAGUGACGGCCCAGUGCCUUCAGAACAAGUACUUCCUGGUGGACGGUCUUAUCUAUCCGUUUGCGAACUUCACCUGCGCCAAUUGGCCAACAUUCAACGCCCUGCGGACGGGCAGGGACUGCAAUGGCGGCACCGAUCUCGUCCAGGUGGGAUUCGAGGUGGAGGACGGAGGCUUCCUACAGAGCUACGAACUUUGCCACGACGCCGAUGCGGAAGCCACUCGAUACGUGCACCACGUGCUGUACCCAUCUAGCUACGACUAUCAGCAUGGAGUGUUCAGGCCCAACUUCAUCGAACUGGACUUUUAUGGGGGCAGGGAUGUGAACACCAAGUACACCCAAGUUCAGCAGAAUAUCACCAUUAGCGAGAUACUUGGCAUGGAUGCCUCGCCCUACUUCAACUUCACCGAAGACCGCAUCCUGGCCCGAGGCCACAUGAUUGCCAAAACGGAUCAGAUCUUUGCGGCCCCCCAAAGAUCCACCUUCCUCUUCAUAAACGUGGCUCCCCAGUGGCAGACCUUCAAUGGCGGAAACUGGGAGAGCGUGGAAACCAGUGUGCGAAAAUUCGUAGCCGAUCGGAAUAUAACCACCGAUUGUUAUACGGGAACCUGGGGAGUGUCUACAUUACCGGAUGUGAAUGGCACCGAAAGAGAGCUGUAUCUGGAUUUUGAUGAGAACAAUAAUGGCUUGAUUCCAGUGCCCAAAAUAUACUUCCGUGUGGUGAUCGACAGGGCCAGCCUGGAAGGCAUUGUGAUUAUUGGGGUGAACAACCCUUACGCCACUCUCGAGGAAAUCAAGAAGGACUAUGUCCUAUGCGAAGAUAUUGGCCAUCAACUGAGCUGGUUGACCUGGGACAAGGAAAAUCUAGGUCUAGGCUACAGCUAUGCCUGUACGGUCGAGGAUUUCACUGAAGUUGUUAAGGACUUGCCUCUGGAAGAUCUGAAAACGAACGGUGUUCUUGGACUGGAUGAGCCUUCGAGUACAACAACUUCAGAAGAACCUAGUUCAACCACUACUUCUAGCUCUACAACCACAGAAACCUCUACUUCUACCACAGAAGAAUCUACAACAGAAUUAAGUUCAACUUCUGAACCAAGUACAGAAACAUCGUCAACGACUGUCACAACCACCGAAGAACCAUCUUCCACAUCGACGACUGUUACAUCCACCGAAGAACCGUCUUCCACUUCCACGACUGUCACAUCGACAGAAGAACCGUCUUCUACUUCCACGACUGUCACAUCCACCGAAGAACCUUCUUCCACUUCCACGACUGCCCCAUCCACAACUACAACAACUACUGAAACUACUCCAACCCCCUCAUCUUCCACAUCAGAGCCAUCGCCCACUACUGUGAGUCCCCCUGUGACCACAUCGCAGCCCAUAAAUAAUCCCUGCAGGUUCAGCAUAAAUGGAGGUCUCAAAGAUCCUGCCCCACUGUUGACACCUCAAGGAGCCCUUAGCUGGCUGCUGCCCGAUGAAAGUGGCGUCUACACCGUGGAAGAGGGGUCUUCCAUCGAUUUGCACUGCACUGGAGCUCUGGUCAGUCCUUUCAACAGAUUCACGGCAUUGACUGCUCGCUGUGUCGGCGAUCAACUCUACGAGGCUGAAGGUCAGACGGUCAGUAUUCGAGGAUUUGUCUGCCAGAGCUGGCCCACCUACGAGGCUAGGAGGACCGGAGAGUCCUGCGAAGGUGGCACUGCUCUAGUUCAAAUAGGAUUCGAUGUAUCUGCUGGUCUCCUGACCCAAAUCGAGAUCUGCUACGAUCAGGAUGAGCAGAUUUCUCGAUAUGCUCGCUACGAACUAACCCCGGUCAAUGUGGCCUACCAGAGGGGCGUGGCUCAGCCAGGAUACCUCAGAGGUGACUUCUACACCGGCAAGGAUGUCAAUGUUCUCUACAGUCAGUCCAAUCAGCUGGAGGCAUUUAGUGCUGCCCUGGGCUUGGAUGCCAGUCAGUACUUUGACACCGUUCAGGAUCUCUACUUGACGAGAGGUCAGCUGGCCGGUCGCAAUGAUUUCAUUCACAGCUCCGCCCAGAGGGCCACCCACUUCUAUGUGAACGCAGUUCCCCAGUGGAGGAGCGCCAACAUUGGCAACUGGCUGGCCGUGGAGACCAGUCUGCGUCAGUUCGUGGCGGAUGAGUCGCUGAAUGUGAGCGUCUACUCCGGCAGCUGGGACGUUGCCACUUUGCCGAAUUCCCAGGGCGUGCAGACGCCCCUCUACUUGAAUGUGGAAUCCCAACAACUGCCCGUUCCCAGAAUCCUCUACAAGGUGGUUGUCGAUCAGGAGAGUCGCAAAGGAGUGGUCCUGGUUGUGGCCAACAAUCCGCACGUCAGCCUGGCCGAGAUCUUGGAGGAUUACGUGAUCUGUGAGGAUAUCGGGGCACAGAUUACGUGGGUGGAUUGGGAUAAGACGGACAUACUGCAAGGAUAUUCCUAUGCUUGUGCCGUGGAUGAUUUCAUUAAAGUGGUUAAGGACUUGCCUCUGGAUCAGCUGGAGACGAGUGGAGUGUUGGGAGUGGACGCAACAGCCGUGGAAAAUGAAGUGUGCAGCUUUCGAGUAAAUGGAGACCUCAAGGAUCCAGCUCCCUUGUUUGUGGUUCGAAGUGAACUGGGUCAUGCGCGCUACUUGGAGCCUGAUCACGAAGGACUCGUUCAACUAAGCCACGGAGAGGCCUUGGAGCUUCAUUGCAUCAAAUCCUUUACGGGACAAUUCAGUGGCUACACUUUUGUGAAUGCCACCUGCUGGCAACAGCAGAGUUUCCUUGCCCUAGGCAGUCUCUACCAGCUGCAGGACUUUGUCUGCUCCUCCUGGCCAACUUACACGGCCCGGCGGUCUAAUCGACCCUGCAACGGGGGCACUGACCUCCUAGAGGUGGGCUUCCAGCUGUCCACCGAUGCCUCCUCCUUCGAUGACUUCCUGCAGACCUACGACGUGUGUCACGAUGAGCUCAGUGAGGUGACCCGCUAUGUCCAUCAUGUCCUUUACCCAGGAAGUGCCCAAUACCAGCGAUCAGUCUCAAGGCCGACCUUCAUACCCGGAGACUUUUAUGGCGGCAAGGAUGUGAAUAAGUUGUACACGCAGGUCCAGCAGAAUAUCACAGUCACCGAGAUCCUGGGCAUGGAUGCCUCACCCUACUUCAACAUCAGUUCCAAUGUCUACCUGGCUCGCGGACACAUGUCCGCCAAAACAGACUUCGUAUUCGGGGCCGCCCAGCAGGCCACCUUCUUCUUCGUGAACGUGGCCCCUCAAUGGCAGACCUUCAAUGGCGGAAACUGGGAGAGGAUCGAAGAUAGUGUAAGAAACUUUGUGGCAGAUGAGAACCUCACGGUGGACUGCUACACGGGCACCUGGGGUGUGUCCACUCUGGCGGAUGGGAAUGGUAUCCAGAAGGAGCUCUACCUUGACUUCGAUGAGAACAAUAAUGGCCUAAUACCAGUGCCCAAGUUGUACUUCCGGGUGGUAGUGGAUCGGGCUUCCCAGAAGGGCAUCGUCCUCAUUGGUGUUAACAAUCCCCACGCGGACUUGGAGCAGAUCAAACAGGAGUACAUCCUUUGCCCGGAUAUAGGAGAGCAGAUUUCUUGGAUCAGUUGGACCAAGGACGACCUUAAGAAGGGCUACUCGUAUGCCUGUACCGUGGAGGACUUUACUGCGGUGGUAAAGGACUUGCCGUUGGAAGACCUUAAGGUGACGGGUGUCCUUGGAGUCUAGUCUUAAAACAACGAAUUUCUUAAUUUAAAACCAAUAAAAACAUUACACAAUUGCUGUGUGGCUUAAA